UUUAAAAGAAGAAACCAGCGUCACACGGGCGCGAACAUAGUUUAUUGAGUGGAAAAUGUGCUAAUGGCUUCCAGAAAUUUGACAGAGGGAGUUGAGGUACAUUUCGAGCCCGGUGCAAGCGAAACUACCGAGGAUAAAGGAGGAAACCGGAAAAGCGAAACUGAUUCUACUGGAUCAAGUUACUGUUACUCAGACUCAGAUUACUCGGAUGACUUGGAGCCAGAGUGGUUGGAUGAUGUCCAGAAGAAUGGUGAACUCUUCUAUCUUGAGCUGAGUGAGGGCGAGGAAGAAGCUCUGUUGGCUCAGGUCUCCGCCAGUCAGUCCGCUGCCACCAAUCAUGUACAUUUCAGUGAAAAGGAGGCAGAGAUUAUCACUGACGAUGGUAAAAAGCAAACAGUCUCCAGCAAUAAAUCCGAAGCAAAACUCAAGAAGUUCGCCAAGAUACUGAGGCGAAAGCGGCAACCGUCUCAAAGAAAAACCUCCAAUGGAAAAGAGGGAGGGGCUUCCCAGCGGCUUACGUCCAUCUUGAAGAAUCAAGCUGGGCAGCGGUCCGGGGUGGUGGUACAACAGCAGCAUCUGAAGGACGUGUGUGUGUAUCUGAACCCCAAACGGCUCUGCACUGCCUCAUUUCCAUCUCCAGAGAGAGGGGGGCUGCUAGAGGCCUUGCUGGGUGUGGUGCACCGGCCAGGAGGAAAUUCAGGGAAAAGGGGGGAAAAACUUAUUAUCCAUGGCCUGGUUCCACACAGUCCUGCCAGCAAGUGUGCCGAAAUUCUUAUUGGUGAUGUCCUGGUUGCUGUGGAUGAUGUAGAUGUUACCUCAGAAAACAUUGAGAGAGUUCUCUCCUGUAUACCCGGCCCCACACAGGUGAGACUAACUUUGGAGACCGUUGGUCCAUUUGGGAGCUGUGUAGACUCUGCGGUACCCAGACCGAAAGCGUCUCCCCCGGUCAGUCAGCUGGUCAGACUGCUGUGGGGGGAGGACACAGUUGAGCUCCAGAUGACUAUAGCACAUAUACCACACACAGUGAUGUACCUCUCGCUCAAACUGGACUCUGAGUCGCCACAGGAGGAGCAGGAAAUUUUGUACCAGUAUCCAGUGUCUGAGGCUUCAACCCAGCUGAAAGCUGUGAGAGGGAUUUUUCUAACACUCUGUGACAUGUUGGAGAAUGUCACUGGAGGACAGAUAGUGAGUUCCUCACUGUUGCUGCAGAAUCAGUUGGUUCAUGUGGGCUACUGGAAGGAGGGAAGCAAUCUGCUGGUCAUCGGCGUACCUGCCAGCAGGGUUCCACUGCUCUACCUGCAAACAAUAAUUGAAGGAGUCGUCCGAACACUCAAGGUCAUGUACAGCUCACUUAACAGUGCGUUCUGUGAAGUGGAAAACGCUCCUCGUCUAGAUCAUUUCUUCUGCCUGUUAUUUCAGCAGCUUAUCCAGCCCGCCUGUUUGAUUGAUAGCUCUGGACCACCCACCCCAGACAUCUCAGGGACCCUCUUCUUAGAUGGCUUACCAGCUGUACGCUGGCUCACUUUACCACCUGAUAUAAAGGUUGAGGUGGACACUGUCUUAUCAGACUUUGAGUCUUCAGAUUUUGGUGAUAUGUCUGAAGACUUCUAUGGCAUGAGGCGUCUUUAUGUCAUUUUGGGCUCCUGUCUGUUCUAUAAGAGAUAUCUGAUAGCAAAUCACCUCCCUAAAGAAGACCUGCUGGAUGUGUGUCUGUAUUGUCAGCACUAUUGUCUGCUUCCACUGGUGUCAGAGCAGCGUGUGGGACAGCUGGUGGUGUGGAGGGAAGUGUUCCCCCAGCGGAGAGCCCAGCCCAGCCCUCUCAUGACACCAUCCACAUCACAUCUCGGCUACUGUAAACCACAUGUACGGCACUUCCUGCUCAUAGUGGGCCUGAGACACUUUAUGCAGUGUGUAUUGCUGGAGACUGGUGCCUGUACCUCACCUGAUUUGGGGUCUCCUGGUCCAGACUGUGUCUAUGUGGACCAGGUCAAAGCCACCCUGCUUCAACUGGAGAGCCUUGAUGCUGGCAUUGAGGAGCGGCUCUCGGCUCCACCCACUCCAUGCCUAUCCUGCGCUGAUUGGUUCCUUCCUGCUGGUGGUCGCGAUCGUCUAGAUGCUGUUGGCAGCUCGCCCAUCUUCAACCGGCUGACGGCAGCCAUCAAACCCCCAUCCCCGACCGUGAUCAGUCGAAGCCUGUUUGGGGAAAUGGGGUCAUCGGGUCUAAGAGGACGAAAACCAAGUCCACAGAGGAGUCAGUCUGAUAGUGGCAGCGAGGGUCAAGGUGAGGGGGUGGAGUCCUUUACUCCUGGUUUGAGUCCUCAUGCCACACCAGACACAGUGCGGAGAACGCCCCUUAGUGGCACACGCAGGGACUCCCUCGGAUCAGGCGGGUCAGACGGCAGCUUGGGCAGUGCAGGAUUUUUCAAGAUUCCGAGGUUAAAAUACCCUAACCCGUUCUACCUGGGCUCCUUGAAGAAGAGUCUGACAGACCGGGAAACUGAGGAGAUGCACAAUGUUCUCAAACUAACUGCAGGUGCGGAGAACACACUGUUUCAUUACGUGUUAAUGGAGACAGUGCAGGGCAUCUUCAUUGCACCCACACACAGAGAAGUGAAUCAACUCAGUGGCUCCAUCCACCCACAGCUCAUCCAGAACUUCUACCACUGUUGUCUGUCCAUACAACAUGCCUUCCAGCAGAGCCUCCCCACACGGGAUCGGAGAGGGAUGGAUCGGCCGCAGAGCACUCGGGGUUUGGGUCCAGUCAAAGAACACGGUGUUCUGUUCCAGUGUAAACCAGAAAACUGGACGGAUCAGAAGAAACCAGCGCCCACCAUGACAUACUGGGUUAUAGGACGAAUGCUUCUAGAACCCGUCCCCCAAGAGUUCUACGUGUGCUUCCAUGAUUCCGUUGCAGAGGUUCCCGUGGAGAUGGCAUUCCGGCUGUCUUUUGGCUUGGCUAUUUAAUAAUAUAACUGAGAGACUUCUGCAGGUUAUCGUCCUUAACACUACAUUCACAGGGAUGGUCUAUGGGAUUUUAUUGAAGGGCUUCUCAUUUUUAUGAGUUAUCUGCAGAAAUUUUCCACCGGAGAAUCCGACAUCAAGGAUACUCAAGCAGCACCCUACUGUCAAAAAGGCUACCAGUCCAUGCUUAAGCUAAAAUGCUUUCCGUGUAGUAAUCAUUUGUGGUUUAUGUGAUUAAACUUACCUUUUGCUGGAUUUUUUCCAGAAUGGAAGUUGAAUACAGGCACAGUUUAAAGCAGAUUGGCUAUUGGCAAGUCAGCCAAUGCACCGAAUUUGGUGUUAAGUACAAUAUGUGGUCCACACACUGUCAGUAGCGAUAAACUAAUUGGAUAAAUUGAUCAACCAGCUCUGAGGGAGUUUUUACCACCAGUAAAAUACUUCUGAAAUCGGAAGGAACUCAACUAUCUAUGCUGGAUAUCUUAAACAGGCAUGAUAAGCCCAUGUUCUCUUAAAGGGAUAGUUCACCCAAUAAUGAAAAUUCUCUCAUCAUUUACUCACCCUAAUGCCAUCCCAGAUGUGUAUGACUGUCUUUCUUCUGCAGAAGUCAAAUUAAGAAAUUUAGAAGAAUAUUUCAGCU